GGUUAUCAAAUAGGAAAACUCUCCAUGAGAGGAAGUCGCGCUUCUGCCUCCCAAUAGAAACACGCCUCAGAAGCAGCACAGCCCACUCUUUUCCUGCACUCUUUUAAGAGAGACAUGCUUACCCUGCUCCCAAGGCUUCUACAUCAGACGAAAAAUCAUCACUUCCUCAGGAGAUGCUGCUCACAGAGGCCCUUACCUGUUUUAACUCUUUUCACUAAGGAUCCGUGUCCCUUGUGUGAUGAAGCAAAAGAAGUGCUCGAACCAUAUAAACACAAGUUUGUGUUGCAGGAGGUUGACAUCAGUCUUCCCGAGAACAGUGUGUGGCAUGACAGAUACAAGUACGACAUCCCAGUCUUUCAUUUGAAUGGACAGUUUUUGAUGAUGCAUCGAGUGAACACAAACAUUUUGGAAAAGGGUCUGGCAAAAGCAGAGAGACAGACCACUCAGUAAUGUACAAGUGUGACAUAGACCUGUACUAUUCCUCAGACUUUCCAGUGACACAGUGUGGUUCAUCAGUAUUAAGUAAAGAGUUUAAUGUUAACUGCUCCAUUUUUGCACUUUAAUCAUUUCUCCAGAGGCUGAUAAAGCCUGCAGCCAUAUUCAAGUGAAAGUAUUGAUAUAAUGAAUGACCCAAGAAGAUUUUAGAGUAAAAAUGUAUCCGGUCCAAAAACUGAAGUACUGAUUUCCCAAAAGAUCUGAAGUGAAACAUCUUAAGACAUCCACCAUCUAGCCAUAUGGAGGUGUGUUAGGUGAUAUCCUUCUCUUUUAGGAAUCUUUUUGAUUGAAAAUAAAAAGCUACAGCUUGAUAGUGAGAUCUACAGCAAAGCAGUCCAGGCACAGGACCAAAAGAACAGAAUGUUUACAGUUGUUUACAACCACUUACAGUACUGAGUUGCCGUUUUCAAAGCUCUUCACACAUAUUAACUUAACUACACUCUGGACCAAAUCAUAUUUUUUUUCUAGCAUUAAUAAAAAAUGCAUUCCAAAGUUU